AAUGACACAAUGCGGCACGGGCAAUCGGCAUUAAUAUUUCAUAAUAUUUGUUCAAGAACUCAAGUUUCAACUAUGUAAUUAUAAUUAGUACUUAGUAAAAGUAAAGUCAGAAAAUGGAGGUCUAACAUAUUAUACAUCAAGAAAUAAUUUUUGUAACCUUAAACCUAACGAGGGUUUUUCUUGUAAUCGAGUAUAUUGAAAUGUUUUAUAUAUUCUUUUAUUGUAUUUUGGUUUGAGCUGAUGGUCUUUUUACCAAUGCUCUAAAUAAAUAAAACUAAAAUCAAGUAAACAUCAUCUUAAUAUUUAACUGUGAAGAACAAUCAACUUCUAACUCAAAAACAGCUGCAAGUUGCAACAGUACAUAAACACAACAAGUAUUGAAACCAGAAUCACAUCAAUAAUAUGACAAAACUUAGUACAAUUUUAGACAAUGACUGUAUGUUAAAUUUAGUCAGUGAAUUUAGCAGGUUAGAGGAAAAAUGUUACCUAGACAGUGCUGGUGCAGCAUUAUAUCCCAAGAGGCUAAUAAACAAAAUAAGUGGGGAUCUAAUAAGCAAUGUGUAUAUGAACCCACAUUCAGAUCAGUAUACGAAAGACUGCAUUGACCAGAUCAGAUGUUUAGUUUUAAACCAUUUUAACACAGAUCCUUCCAAAUAUACUGUGAUAUUUACUUCAGGCACAACACAGUCAUUAAAAUUGGUAACAGAAUCAUUCCAAUUUGUUAGCACAGCUGAUGAGAACAAUCAGGGUUCUUUUUUAUAUCUAAGAGAUAAUCAUACAUCCGUUAUAGGUCUGAGAGAAAUCGCCAAAGAACGAAAUGUUGAUAUAAUUUAUAUUUCACAUGAUGAUUUCUUAAAGACAGUCCAAACGCCUCAAAACCAAAAGAAACAUGAAUUUGAUACAAGCAGGGGCAAUUCUCUAUUAGUUUACCCAGCACAGAGUAAUUUUAAUGGAUAUAAAUACCCUCUUGACUGUAUACAGAAUAUUAAAUGUGGCUGCUUAAAUACUUAUUUGAAAAAGCAGUUGUGUGCUGUUCAUACGAACUGGUUUGUUCUUGUUGAUGCAGCUUCAUAUGUUCCAACAAGUAAUUUAGAUUUAUCAGAAUGCGAACCUGAUUUUGUGUGUUUGUCAUUUUAUAAAAUGUUUGGGUACCCGACUGGUUUAGGUGCUUUAAUUGUAAGAAAUAAAAGUAUGCAUGUUUUAUCGGAAAAGAAAUAUUUUGGAGGAGGAACAGUGGACAUUGUACUUAGUAGUGAAGAUUAUCAUGUGAAAAGGAAGGAAUUAUAUGAAAGGUUUGAAGAUGGUACUGUACCAUUUUUAUCUAUAGUAGCCUUAAAACAUUGCUUUGAUGUGUUAAAAGAUUUAAUACCGAGGGCAAUAGAAUAUGAUGUCAUGAAAACAAUUGCAAAUCACACAUUUUAUUUAGCACAAGAUUUGUAUAAUCAACUAUGUUUACUCAAACAUGAAAAUGGAGUAAAGGCAGCUGUAUUGUAUAUGGACAGUAAUUUUAAUGAUAUAAAAAAGCAGGGAUCAAUAGUGACAUUCAACCUCUUGAGAAAGGACAGAAGUUACAUUGGCUAUGCUGAGUUUCAGCACAUGGCUGAUCUGUUUAAUAUAGCUAUUAGAACGGGCUGUUUGUGUAAUUCUGGUGCAUGCCAACGACUAUUGAAUAUUGACAAUAAAGAAAUGAAAGCAAUGUACAGUGCUGGUCACAAGUGUGGCGACAACAUAGACUUAAUUAAUGGAAAACCAACGGGUGCUAUCAGAGUGUCAUUUGGAUACUAUAACACAUUUUCUGAUGUUGAUAAAUUAAUUGCAAUGAUCUGCAAAUGUUUUGUCAAAAUCGAAAUCCCAAAACAUAUUCGUAUUAUGAAUAUGAAUACAAAUGUUACAAAGAGCAAUAAUGAAGUUUUCGAAAACAUAUAUUUACGUAGCAUUAUUCUUGAUGAAGAAGAUAAUAAUUUACAUAAUGAAAUCCCAAGAAGUAAUUCCGCAAUGUACUUAUCAGAAAUUGCAAUAUUUCCCAUAAAAUCUUGUGGUGCAUUUAAAGUCACAGCCUGGAAAAUAGGACCAAAAGGUUUUGAGUAUGAUCGAGAAUGGAUGAUUAUAAAAGAUAACGGAGUCUGUCUUACUCAGAAAAAUUACCCUCAAAUGUGUAUCAUUCGACCGGAGAUCAAUUUAAAGACUAAAACCUUAGUUUUAAAUUGUGAAGGAAUGUAUCCACUAUCCGUUCCACUGGAACCAGGGGUUAUGAAUGCCUACCAUGAAUCCACAUUUUGCAGAAGCAAAGUUUGUACUGAUGUGAUUAAAGGGUAUGAUUGUGGUGAAGAGGCUGCUGAUUGGGUUUCGAAUGCAUUGGGAAUAUCUUACCUAAGACUGAUUAGACAAUCUUAUGAGGAUAGUAGAGUUUCAAAGGCUGGAGAUAUACAGUUGUCACUAAGCAACCAAGCUCAAUUCCUUUUAGUAAAUAAAGCAACAGUGCAGUGGCUUAAGAAUAAAAUAUUAGACCCAUCAUUUGAUGAUAAUAUUGACUCUUUAAUUGACCGCUUCAGAGGAAAUUUAAUCAUUGAUACACCUCAAGAGCUAAUUGAAAAGGAAUGGAAGAAAGUAUUUAUUGGUGAUCACGAAUUUCGUGUGGAUGGGCAAUGCACAAGAUGUCAAAUGGUUUGCAUAGAUCAAAAGACUGGAGAAAAAACUGUUGAACCUCUCCGAACAAUAUCAGAACAGUUCGCUGGAAAAUUACGUUUUGGUAUUUAUUUGAGUUAUGUUGGUACCGUGAGUGGAUCAAACUCGAGAAGUAUACAAGUAUUUUCGCCAGUUGAACCUGUACACAAUCAGGAGGAAAGCCCUAAAUAAUUUUAAAUACAAUCCACAUUAUAAUUAUAAUGAAUUUGUUAUAUGCCGUGCUUGCUACUUAGAUAUUUUAUAAGGUAGAAUAUUAUUUUGAUCUGAUUUAAUAUAUCACUUUUGAUAGAUAGUUAAUUGAUAAAAACGUAUAUUAUCUGUGAUAGAUAAAUGCAUAAUAUAAAUUAUGCCUUUGAUUGUUUAAUGAAAAUAAUUCAAAGAUUGUUUUAUGAAUAAAUUUUACUAAUGACCUUGCCAAAAAAAAUUUCAAUUGGUCUGAUAGUAACCAAACCUUUUGAAAGUUGCUUGAAUCAAAACUGAUCUAUUCAUUUUUUUAGAGUCCAUAGGGAAUAUAUUAUACACUUCUAUCUUUAUAUUAUUUAUUAUAGAUUAUAUUUGAUCACUGUCUAUUUACCUAAGAUAUUACUAUUUUAAAUAUAUUUGUAAGCAUUACAUACAGGGAAAACAUAUCAUGAUUUAUUGUUAACAUUAAUUUUUAAGCAAAAUUCUGAUAAUUGUUAUUAAAAAAUAA